AUGGAUAUGCAAGGCCUUACCGCAGUCGGACCCUGGCAAGAGCGGCUCGAGUUGGUUUGCCGCGAUGCUCAACUACGCCCUCCAGUUUUCCAGAUCGUCUCUGACCGUCGUGGUGGGCGCACUGCUUGGUCAAGUAGAGUCACCGUUCACGGCAAGACACUCUCUGCCCGGUACUGGUACGACGGCAAGAACCUCAACAAUGCUCGAGAGGAUGCUGCCGAGUGUGCCGUCUCGUGGCUGACCACGCCGUCGAAUGACAGCUCCCCCAUUCAAUCUUGGGGCUGGUAG